ACCUUAUCUGGUCCUAAAAAAAAUUCUUCUGAUUUGCUAAAAGAGAUGUCAAAUAACAAAAAAUAUACAGGUGGAAAGCUGAGACAUAAUCUUACAAAUCAUAUAAUUCUUACAAAUGAUUAUGUUAAUCCAGAAAAACCUAGUGAUAAAUGGUGUUUAUGUCGUUAUUGUGACGAAGCUGGUGAUGAGUUGCAAAAAUAUGAAAAAUCUUAUAAUUUUGAUGAUGAUGCUUUUCAAAUUGAUUCUGAUAACGAUGAUUAUGACACAAUUUCUACUUAUUCAGAACGAACUACAAGAUCAACAGAAUCUGCUACAAGUCAAAAUACUAAUAUAUCACAAAUUUCUAAUCCAAACAAAAUAAUGCAUUAUUUAGCUCAUACACCUACUUAUAAAGAACAAUCUCAAUUUGAUAAACAUAUUCUUAAUAUGACUAUUGAAAACGGUUGGUCUUUUAGAUGG